UCACGAUCACGUAAUUACUAUCUACCAUUAUACCGGGAAUUUGAAAAACAAAUAAGGGUUAAAGGAAGGAGUAUCGUAUCAGCCUAUGUUCAUGAGACAUGUUUUCGAGAUAGUAUUAAACAGCUGUUAUAACGCAAUAUUACUAAUUUUAUACAGAUUAGCAGUGAUUGUGAUAUAAGUUUAGAAAAAUAAAUAUUUUAUUUAUUAGCAUAGGAAGCUAUGAAUCGGUAGUUGUAAUGUCAGUCUUUAUAAAACAAGCGUUUUUAUUCGAUAAUAAAAAUAAUUAAGUAAUAUUUUUAUCGUGAAAUAUCAUAAUUAUCUUUAUAUAAGUUGCCAGAAUUUUUAUUGUAAAUAGAUUAAGAUGACAAUUUCAGUCAAAGAAUUGUGUAUUAUAUUGGACAAAAUUAUAUAUGAUCUAGAGUUUAACAAUGAGCCCUCAGAGUUAUAAAAGUCAGAUCACAACAAAAGCUAUGGCAUCUAAUGGUUAUACUGGUACUGGUACUCCAGCUAAGGAGUCUAAAAACCAUUCAUCUCCUUGUGAGUUAUUUAACUCAAUGCCAUGGUUUGGUAUGGAUAUAGGAGGUACUUUAUCUAAACUAGUGUAUUUUGAACCUAAAGAUAUUACAAGAGAUGAAGCAAAUGCAGAGGUAGAGACAUUGAAAAAUAUUCGGCGGUAUUUAACUAAAAAUUCAGCAUAUGGAAAAACAGGUUACAGAGAUACACAUUUACAAAUGGAUAAUGUCUGCAUUAGAGGCAGACGUGGUACAUUACAUUUUAUUAGAUUUCCUACAAGUGAAAUGGGAAAUUUUCUAGCAUUAGCAAGAUCCAAGGGUAUGGCAAACUUGGUAACAACUGUUUGUGCUACUGGUGGUGGAGCAUAUAAGUUUGAAAAAAAUUUUAAACAAGAAGUAAACAUGAAUUUAGCAAAGUUUGAUGAGUUAGAUAGUUUAAUACGUGGUAUGCUUUAUAUAGAAACAACAAAUCCACACGAGUGUUAUUAUUGGUCUCAUCCUACAGAUGAUAGUAAAUGUCACAAGAUUCCUUAUGACUUCUCUGAGCCAUACCCUUUUCUACUGGUAAACAUAGGAUCAGGAGUAAGCAUAUUAGCUGUUUAUGGUCCAGAUAAUUACAAAAGAAUAUCUGGUACCAGUCUAGGAGGUGGCACAUUUUUAGGAUUGUGUUGUUUAUUAACUGGAUGUAAUACUUUUGAAGAGGCAAUAGAAUUAGCAACUGGAGGUGAUAAUACUAGAGUGGACAAGUUGGUCAAAGAUAUUUAUGGCGGGGAUUAUGGACCAUUUGGUCUUCCUGGAGAUCUUGUUGCAAGCAGUUUUGGACAGAUGAAUUCGAAAGAUCGUCGAAAUGCAGUUAGUAAAGAAGAUCUUGCACGAGCAACACUCGUUACUAUUACAAACAACAUUGGUUCUAUUGCGCGUAUGUGUGCCGUGAAUGAAAAAAUUGAAAGGGUAGUAUUUGUAGGCAAUUUUCUUAGAGUAAACCCUAUAUCAAUGAAACUUUUGGCCUAUGCUAUGGAUUACUGGUCUAAAGGGACAAUGAAAGCUUUGUUCUUAGAACACGAGGGUUAUUUCGGUGCAGUAGGAUGUCUGCUCCAAUUUAAUGGCGAAACAAGCUAAAAUUAUAAAUAAGUGCAUAAUAUAUAUAGCAUUCCAAAAAUGAAUCUUUUUGAAGAUUAAUAUGCAAUUAUUUAACAUAAUUAUUUAUUUUUGUUAUAUAAUAUUUAAUUUCUCAGGAAUUGUUGUAUAUGUAGUUACAACAUUUUACAUUUUAGCAAUGGGAAAAGCCCGUGGUCAAAAUUGUAUUAUGAAGAAUAAGAAAAUUAUCUUAGGGUAUUAGUUUGGAACAUAUUACGUAAUUAUCGCAUAAAAACCUAAUGUGGGCACAAACCUUACACGUGUUUAUAUACAUGAUUAUAAUGGACCAAAACUCAACGCAUAAAAUUAACUCAAAUAUUCUUUGUAUGAGUAAUAUAGGUCUACCUCAUAUUUUAUUUUCUAAACAUUUUUAUAAAUAUUUGUUCGAGUUCUACGUACGAGGCAUGAAUCUUUACAAAUAUACUUUUUUAAUUAGAAACCCAUAAAAAAGGAAAGAAUUAAUUGCAGUGAUAAGUACUUAACACCUGUUAUUAUUUAUAUAUUUUUACUUUGCUCGAAGAUUGUAAAGUAUGCCAAUUGAUUAGUGUCUUGUCACAUUAUUGGACUCAAUACAUAAUAUGGUCAGUGGCCACAUUUAUAGGUUACUUAUAUGCAUUUUUUAGUUGCUUGAAAAAUAUUAUAUGGGUAAUGUAGUAGGUAUUUAUCAUUAUUGAAUUUUAAUGUGUUAUAAAUGUGGUGUCUUGAAAUGUAGACACUUUUUUUAUAAAAUAAUUUAUAAUGUGACGAACAAUAUAAUGAAAAUUAUUACACGGAUCUUUGUAACAUAGCGCUUUAAAAAAGAAAACGUUUUUUCUAAACGUGUCGUAUAAUAUGACAUGACAUACAGCCAAUAUUUAUAUGAAUCAACAGAAAUAGUAAAAAUAAGUUUAUUUAAAAUUUAUUUUUUGCGGAACGAG